UUCACCGUGGUAGCUCCAUGCUAACUCUGUGCUCCUGAUUUCUGGGCGAUAUUCGUGAUAAUCUACGUGUUGGUUGGAUAUUCUGAUCGCCAGUGAAUUGCGUGACAUAAGAAACGUAUUUCCCACCCGAACCACACUAAUAACCUGUAACAAUGCGGGUGAAUAUGUUUGUUUACUGUUGCCGAUUAAGCCAGGUGUGCAGCAGUGCUAGCAGAGCUGGCUGAAACAGCCCAUGGCAUCCACAUGAAGCUGGAGGAACAUGGUCAAAUGAUUUAACGCUGCGUCUCGUGGUAUAGUUGGACGGCAUGGAUCCUGCAUUCCUCUUCAAAAAUAACAAAUUUGCAUUCAAAUUAAGGCUGUUUCUAUAUUUCUGACACGGAUGGGGACCCAAGCACCAUCGGUGGAUUUCCUGAAUAAAACCUAAAUUCUUCUCCUGAGAGGAACUGCAAGCAAACAUUAGCUGCCAUGCGUAUCAGUUUCUGCCAGGCCCUGUUAACUGGUGCCAUCAUCCUCAACCUCCUCAUCCUUUACUAUGUGUCCCGGGCCCAGCAGCAAAUGAUGGACAAGAGGAAAGAGCUUGGGAGGGGCACUCGGAAGGCUUCCCUCCCAGCCUCCAGUCUUGGAGGGGGCUUGGGAGUACUCAUAGGAGCUGGUGAUCCCGGGGUGGGUGGAGUCGAAGGGCACAGUCGGACCCCACGUGUGACGGUUCUUCUUCGGGAGUUUGAAAACUUUGAGAAUUACGUCGGGGACGUGGCGAAUUCCUUCCUGCGGCAGAGACCUGAGCUUCCCUUCCUGGCUGUGUCUGACACGUCUCCAUACCCUCCGCUGGUGCUUCCGGAUGGGGCUCGGCUCUUGGUACUCUCUCCCAGUCCGGACCAGCCGCCGCAAGCACACAGGCCGGAGUUUCAUGUCCAGACAGAGUUUGUGCUGCUGGUUCCUGAUGGCGUGGAGCUGGAGCAACCCCGGGCUGUCGAGCGGCUGAUCAGGGAGUUGGAAGGAGAGGGCGGGGGUCCUGUGAGGCUCGUGGCUGCUCCUGUGCUCGCCCGGUCUGCUGUGCAGUGUCUUCAUCUGCGGGUGAACCUCAGAGAGUGGACAGCCACCUACUCCCCUGCUGCUUCUGGAAGCAGCGGGAGUGUUUGCACAGCUCUCCAGGGCGAUGCCGUCGUCCUCAUCCGCACUGAGGACCUGUUUAACCUCUCUGUUCCUCUGGGGCGACCGCUCUUCUCCUCGCUUUUCGUUCAGACUGCCUUGAGAGGCUGGAAGGUCAAGCUGCUGGAGAGCCCCUGUUUCUCCGCAAACCAUCGGCCACUCUUCAGUUCAGCCCACAACCAGUGGAAAGCCGACACCCGCCUGAAGGAGGCCACGGGACAGCUCAUGAGGAGCUUUGGUCUGAGGCGCCUCAUGCUCCCUGAAGGGAAGGAGCAGUGGUACGGCUGCAGCAAGGAGACGCCUCGCUGCUUCGGCACCGUGCACGAUGACACUCCAGACUAUCUGUAUCUGGACCGCUGGACACCUCCGUGCUGUCUGCGAGCUCUCAGAGAAACCACCAAAUACGUUGUUAAUAUUUUGGAGAGCUCGGGUGUUCGCUACUGGCUGGAGGGCGGCACCCUGUUGGGCGCCGUUCGCCAUCAGGACAUCAUCCCGUGGGAUUACGAUGUGGAUCUGGGUAUCUAUCUGGAGGACAUACCCAACUGUGACCACCUGAAGAACCUGGACUCGGGCUCUCUGGUGGAUGCUAAUGGCUACGUGUGGGAGCGCGCAGUGGAGGGAGACUUUUACAGGGUCCAGUACAGCGAAGCCAACCACCUGCACGUGGACCUGUGGCCGUUCUACUCGCGCAACGGCGUCAUGACCAAAGACACGUGGACCGAGCACAAACAAGACACCGAGUUCCCCGAACACUUCCUGCAGCCACUGGUGCCCAUGACCUUCGCUGGCAUCACGGCGUACGGCCCCAACAACCACAGAGCCUUCCUGGAACUGAAGUUUGGAGAGGGGGUGAUUGAAAACCCCCAGUACCCCAACCCUGCCAAAAAGAGACUGGACAGGAGCAAAUUAUAGGUGGUAGAGGAAGGUUCAAGGCUCCUUUUUUUUUUUUUUUUUUUUUGAACAUUUGAACUCAGAACACCAGGCCUCAUUGUUCUCGAUAGCCAGAACAAUAACAUGGUACCAAACCACAUGCUUUUGCCGUUACUUCCUUUAUUGUAGCUAACAACAGCGUAUUUAUUUCUUGAACAAGUGGUGAGAGUGACAGAAAGAGUGUACAAAAGUCUGGUACACUGUUUUAGUAUAAAUUUUACAAAAUAUUACUCCUGAAAGUUUGAUAAUUAUUUAAAAAAAAUCCUUUUUCCAAAGCAGGAUUGAAGGUAUUGUGUGGAAUUAUCCGUGUGAAAUAAGUGGCAUUGUCCUAAAAAUGUAUUUAUGUUUUCUAACUGUAUUGCCUUGUAUUGCACUUUUUCAGUUUUGCACAUUUUUUUGAACGAAUGUUUGCGUUUUAAUGCCUUUCUGUACCAGACAACUGUAAAGUGGCGAGAAUGUUCUCAUGUGAUUUGUUAAGCACACUGUCAUUCAUCCUUAUCAGGAUGAGAGAUUACCCUAUCAGACCUCAGUAUUCAAAUUAAACUGAACAUUUUAAUUGUGUAACAUAUGAGCACACAUGUAUUUAUGAAAACAGAACUUUUGUUCUGUAUACUAUUAAGAAAAAGAAUUAAAAGAGUUAUAGAUUAAAACAACCACUGUAACCACAGUCUAUGUCGCAUUGUUUUAUGUGUGAAAUAUGAGUGUCGCUCCAU